AUGGCCUCCGUUCACCCAUCCCGACUGGGUCUCGUCCCUGGCGGCAACCAACCCCCUCCGCCACCCCCAGCAUCAACACGAGAAGAUCAGCUCAAACAACAACUUUUAGAACGUAAAAGUCGAGACGACAGAAACGACCGACGCAACGGAAGCCACGACCGGGCAAGGACAGAAAACAGGCCUGACGUUCACGGUGGCUCUGAAUCACGACAUGGAAGGGAUAGAGACAGGGGCGAGCGCCAGGACAGGGAUCAUCGAGAACGAGAUGAAGCCCCUCAUCGGUCGCGCCGAGCGUCCCCUUCUUACCAACCCUAUGCCCGUGAUGGUUAUGGUAAUGGCUCAGCCCCACCGAAACCACCUGUGGAUACAGGCUAUGGGUAUGGUAGAAGGGACGAUAUACCUCGUGGACCACCGGGGCCGCCGGGGGGUGAAGGACCUGGACCGGGGCCGGGAGGAUACAGGGGAUGGCAAAACCCCCCGGCGAGGUUCAAUGGGCCUAUCGAUUUCGAAAAGCGAAGGCAAGAGCGGAAUAACAGCGACCUCUCAAUAUGGCCUCCCUCUCCCAAAGAACCGUAUAUGGACGAAGAUGAGCUCGCAGCCGAACGCAAAAAGAGAAAGGCAAAAUCAAAAUCAAAAUCAAAACACUCCAAAUCCAAGAAACGUUCUAAACGUUCCAAGUACUCCUCUGAUUCUGAUUCUACCGAUUCCGAGGAAGAGCGUAGAAGGAGACGGAGGAGACGUGAGCGGGAACGAGAGAGGGAUGGUCGUCGGAACGGGGAUAGGGAGAGAGAUAGAGAAAGGAAUAGAGAUGACGAGGAUGAUGAGGAUCGAGAGAGGAGACGAAAGAGGCGUAGGAGCAGAAGCGAGGCCGAGGGCGAGGAUGACCUGUGGGUCGAGAAAAGUAGCAAGGGGAAAGAGCGGGAACGGCUGGCACCCAUUGAUCCGGCCACGAAGAGAAUAUUCCUGGGAGAGGAGGAAGAGGAUCAAGAUACCGAGGUCGGACCGCAGCUGCCAAGGGAGAUCAACGAUAAAGUCGAUCGUUCUGCUUAUGCCAAUAUGCUCCGCGGAGAAGGCGAGGCCAUGGCAGCCUAUGCAGAGUCGGGCCAGCGUAUUCCUCGGCGAGGUGAAAUCGGUCUCGAAGCGGAGCAGAUCACAACUUUCGAAAACUCUGGAUAUGUCAUGUCCGGUUCUCGCCACCAGCGCAUGAACGCUGUUCGUUUGAGGAAGGAGAACCAGGUAAUCAAUGAAGCCGAGAAGAGGGCAAUCUUGAAGUUGCAGAGAGAGGACAGGCAGCAGAGGGAAGGUGCCAUUGUCAGUCAGUUCAAGGAGAUGAUGGAUGAGAAUUUGAAGAAGCAAGGGGGACAGGGCAAGUAG